CCGUGAGGAUCAUUAGCUUUCCAACUUGAAGGACUCGGGAACCGGCACAUUUCACAUGCUAACGUUAACGUUACAAGUUCACGUUGCGACUGGGAGUCCUAGUCAACGUUCUUUCGAAUUCCGUCAAUUUUUAAUUCCGGGUCGGGUAUCAACUUGAAUCAGAUCGAUCAAAAUAUAAUGAACGGAAGAAAGAGAUAGCCAAACACACUGCUAAUAUCCCCACUUCACGAUCACUCUGGUCUCCCCACACGGCGGAAGGAAGAGUCGUUCCUUCAACUUCAACUUCAUAGCCCAGGAUGGAUGACUAUGUAGUUCUCAUGGAGCGUGAAACUACUAUUGCAUAUGUUGAAGCCGCAUCUACGGCAGCUCUGCUUUUUGACUAUUGCCUCACUUUCGACUCAGAGGUUCGUUGGACAUGGGGGAGAAAAUGGGGGAUCGUGAGGAUAGCCUUUGUUAUCUCUCGCUAUGUACCGAUUGCAACCUGUAUUAUGUACCUAUAUUACAUGCUGGAGUCACCUCGCGGGAGAAUCCCAGAUCCCGGGAGGUAUAUUGCUAUAAAUGGCACCAUGAGCACCUUCAAUGCUGCUGCUGCUGACGUCAUGCUCUUGGCUAGGGCACAAGCAUUCUGUGGAUGGGGAAUUAAGGUCUUAUUCGCGACAGUAUUGCUCAGCACUGCCAUAAUAGCAGUUGCGCUAACAUUUAUAUACGUCGUUACGAGCAAACCUAGCGAUGCGUAUGGAAACUUUGAGGGGGAAAAAUACCUGAGCAUCGCUUAUGGGUUACUCAUGGUCUAUCAGCUUGUAUUGAUGUCCUUGAUACUACACAAACGCUUCAAAUUUUACCGACGGGAAAGUACACCAUUAGUCACUAAUGUAUAUCGGGAUGGUGUGAUUUAUGUGCUGUGCAUUGCUCUGGCCUCGAUGGUGAAUUGCAUUGGCAUCGCUGUGCUUCCUCAACCAUAUACUUUUCUUUUUUAUAGCCCGCAGGCAGUCGUGCACAGCGUUCUUUCUUCACGCAUACUGUUUAAUCUACGAGAAACAAGCGAAUGGUGGGAUGACGUUGAAAUCAGCUUUGGGACGAUUUUUUCUCGACCAAUCCGAUUCCCAUCCUCAGUGGAUCAUGUAGAGCUGGAUAUUAUUGAUACUGCAUACUUGUGACUCAAUUUUAAUUAUGCUCCCUUUGUUGGAUAUAGCCCGCUGCAUUACAUAACAUGCUCGGCGUCCAUCCCAUCAUCCUAUGCUGCUUAUUCGCAAACCAUUUGCGAGCUUUCCCCUACGUUUUACCUCCAUGUUGCUCUCCUACAGUAGAUCGUGUGGUGCUUUAUGUAUGGCAUCUAAAAAUCGCAAGGAGAGACC